UCAAUUUCUGAAGUACAAAAUUUUAUUACGGUUUUUGAAUUUUCCUGUUGUGCACACAUUAUUAGUGAUCUUCUGUCCAAAAAAAACUUACUUUGUGCAUUUCCGAAUUGAUUUGUAUUUCAUGCUGACGGAAACAGUUUCAACUUCUGAUGAGUUCGCAAUGAACUGGAGAAAUACUGAUGCCGUUCGUAAUUUCAUUAAACAGUUUCCUUACAAUAUCAAUUAUAUGGGACUCAACACUCAGAAGAGCUUCCCUCCAGUGAUUAUCAUUUGUGUUGGAUGUUUGAGGGAGAAUAACAGCAAGCCCCUUCACCACGGUUGAGAUCGCUGAUGGCAUUGUAGCGGUUUUGGUUAAGGAAGCAUCUAGAUAAGGGAAUUCAUUGAUUGUUUUCGAGGUUCCUGAACAACCUGCAUUGGCCGCUGAGAUACUGCCAAUCACUGCUCUCUUGUGCCAGGCAAACAAUGUUUUGGCUGGCAGUGUUUUUUCCGUCACUACACUCUUAAUGGUAUUACUACGCUGACUACACACGCUAAGGAUGGAUUAUAACAAAUAAGCUGGAGGUGGCGGAACUGAUGAGUGCAUUUGGACAGCCCCGAUCACUGUUGAGCCCAUAUCGCUUCUCCGAAUGAUCACUCUCAACACGCUGAUGAUAUGCAGUGCAGUAUUGUUGGGCUGCGUUGAUUUCGCCCCCGAGGGAUUGUUUUUCGAACACCGUUCGUCAAUGCUUAAAUGAACCUGGCUUCCGGGCACAAAAGCGAUUGAUGCUGUAAAUGAUUUUUGCCUACUGGUGCUCCAAAGGCUUGCUUUUGCAGCAAAACUAAACUGAUAAGUUGCAGGCCGACGGAAAUCACGAUCGUGAUUCAUACGGAGUGUGUCCGGCAGGCAUAUUCUCUUCGGUGCACGUAGCCGAAAAUUAUUGUUGUCUUGCCUUUAUCAUACGAUUCAAACUGAAGAAUUCUAGCAUGUGAUCAUUGAACGAUCUGCUCCGGUGUCGCCUGCCAGCGUUUGUUUUUUUAUCGUUGGCCCACUUCUCGAUCUAUACUGCUGAAGACACGUCAGCCCAACCUUUGAAUUCUUUUACGAAAAUAUUAUCGGAAAAGUGUGUAGGUUUCCCGGACAAUAUUAUGAAUUCAAAUUCGGAUUUUCACUUGCCGCCUGCGUCUUCGAAACGCUACACUGACAUGCAUCGACCAGCGCGUUAUUACUGCUUCCUUUGUGACUCACCCAAGUAUUCCUGGGCAAUUUUACUGGAGUUUACGGAGCCAGUAUGUCGAGGAUGUGUCAAUUACGAAGGCUCUGAGCGAGUCGAAUGGAUGAUCGAGCAGACACGCCAAAUGAAGCGUGCGUAUUACUGUGCCGAUCCCCAUUCGCGUGUUCCCGGAACCGGUGGGUUGCCCAAGCCGGAGCCUGGCGAACUGCAUGCUCCUCUGGGUCCAGUGCGGUCAGAACCCAAACACAAACCUCUCGGCAACACUGACUUUCAUUCUGCUAGCCUGCAUGGAACAAAAGAUACUGAACUCACUGAUCGGCAGCACAGUGAUGGGCUGAUCUCAGUGUCUAGUAAGACUUCCUCCGGAUCUGCCGUCCAGCCGCUGCAUCCGGCUGUUCUGACCAAAUAUUCCGCGCGACGUGGCUCCAUGCCGUCAAUGGCCCUGAAUCGCGUCUGGCAAAAGAGUGCGGGUGUUAAGCCACAAAAAGAACUACAGGAGUUGGUGCAGCUGCAUGCUGGUGCAGCUACUCAGAUGCUGCACAGCGGCGGAAGCGCAACACGGGACACUGCCGAUACACCGCCAGAUGGAUCAUCAGUUCCCAAUCCCAUUAGCGCCAUGACGGCAGUAACAGCGGGUGUCCAUUCGGGUGACCUUGGCAGUCCUAGCGUCAGUGGGAAGAAACAGUUGCAGAUGAGUUUGAGUAAUUCGAGAAGAAGCGGAUCCAUGUCCGUAUCAAACUCAAUGGACGCAAGUUCUCGCGGCACGCCGGAAGCCAUGCGCAUCCCCAGUCCGGCAAGACGAUCGCCACCGGUGGUUGUUAAAUGCCGGCUAUGUAGUAAGGUGAUUGACAAUGCCAACUACAUUCAGUGCCCGUCGGUUAUGGAGCAUCGAUUUUGUUUCCGCUGUUGUAAAGACAUCGUUUCCAAGGCCACGGAGAACGCACCCGCAACCUGUCCCAGUGGUGAGCGAUGCCCGGCGCCGCGAAUCGACGGGGAUGUCGCAUGGACCUUCUCGCCAACGGAAGCGCAGACCAUUCUGGAGCAAUUGUACAAUGAAGAGAAGGAAAGUCGCAAACCGUGAAAUUCAGUGCGGUGAAUUUAUAGUAUUGUUGAUUCAGUUAGUCUGGAUUAUUUUGGUAUAGUCUUCAGAUUGUCAUCGUGUUUGACUUUGUAAAUUCUUGUUUUUUUCUUUAAUUUGUAAAUAGCUCGUUGUUGGUGAGUUUCGUAGUAAGUUUCGUACCUUUGAAAUUUUUGUCGUUUGCAAAACUGUUGUUACCGUCUUUUUACCGGUGUUGAAGCUUUUACAAUAAAUAAAAAUGAAUGAAAGUUA